AUGAGCCAGAGAAAUGCUCGCACCCGCAUCGACGGCAGCCUCCAUCCACCAUCCACCAUGCCGAAGAUCAGCACCUUGGAAGAAAAAAUUGUAAAGCAGGCAGUGGCCCUGGAAGAUCACUCAGGGCCCAACGAGAGUCUCCGCCUCCAGAUUGAUGAACUGAGGGAGACGGUAGCCUGCCUCGACUCAGAGAACCAGGACUUACUCAAGGAGAACAAAGGCCUGAAAGAUCAGCACAGGAGUCUCCAGGAGGUAGCGGAUCAGUUUAAGAUCAGAAUGGAACACCUGCAGAAAAUCGUGGAGGAUGUCAGAGAAAGGAUCGACUCUGCCAACAUGAUGGUCCGUCAAGUGGAGCUGCAGAACAAGACUUUGGUGAAAGCCCAUGAAGAACUCAACAAGGAAAUGCACGAGGUCACCAUCCAAGUGGCCGUCUUCAAAGACUACAAGGCUGUCCAGGAGAAGGACCUCGAAGAGAUGCGGACCCUUUCCUCAGAAGUUAAGAAGUACCUGCGGGGUCUGGAGGAUCAACUGGCUGAGACGGAGCACGGCUACCAUGUGGAGAGAAGCCAUUCUGGCGAACUGAAGGAGAAAGUCACCACUCUCCUGAAACUCAGAGAAAAGCAGAGGAAGGACAUCAAAGACCUGCAGAAGGAGCUGGAGACCCGCGUGCAACAGGCCACAUUCUCGCGGCUGGACCAGGAGAACCGGGUGCAAAUGGGCUCGCUGAUGCAUGAAGUAGUGGAGGCCCAGCUGGUGGGGGUGGCGCGGAACAGGUCAAAGAAAAGGAAAAUCCUGCGCUGGGUAUGGAUGGCAGCCAAAAUUCUGAUGAUGUUGGUGUUUGGCUGCUAUGUCUUGCUCGGCCUGGUAUUUGCAUACGCUCGCUUUGUCAAUCCGGAAUUCAUCUCUGAGACAUUUCUGGCGUUCGUAAGCGAAGAGAACAUUGAACGCAUUGCUUACAGUUUCUCUCAGUACCUGAACUGGAGAAAUGACGGCCUUCUACCAUUUUGA